UAGUCCCAUUUAUUCCUUGAUCGCCACAUUCGUCGCCUCGACUGCAGGCGAUCUGACUGCACAUGCGGAUGUCGUGCGAUCGCAACGAGUAUACCCCGUCCAUGUAACACGACGCGACACUAGCCUUUCGUUUAGCCCUCCGUCUUCGCUGCAAAUGACUCCAGUGCGACCGUUACCGCCGCCCUCAUCCCCGCUAUACGCACGUCCCUCAAUCUCUCCUCGAAUCGGCUGCGUCCACUCACCAUGUAGCCUCGUCGAAGCUUCCUCUCGCCAGCCUUGUAUUUGCUACCACCCAUCGGGGCAUGAAACCACUAUUCAAUCCGAAUUUCGUCGUACUCGUUAUUACAAGCCCCGAUAUAGCAGAGGCUCGCCACAAGGAGACAUCAGCCUGGCGUCUUCCUUCCUUCGUGGUUCCACUGGCAUUGAUUUGAAAUUCCUAGGCUCCGCCAAUCGCGGCGCCAACAGCCCAAGGCGUGCGGGUGAACGGGAGGAGUAUCACACGUCAGGCGCCACAGGAGAGCACUGCGUGGUAAAGUCACGCUGUGCCCUUCCCCACCCUGAUAACGAUGAUAGCCGUAAAAGGACACCAUGCCCCCAAGAGAUCUCCGGUUCGAACCCUGUUGUCGACGGUAUUUCGAUUGACGAAAAAGCACCACCGUCAACGUCAGCGCAAAGCCCUGGAAUCAGCAAGCUUUCUCCACUGGCUCAGCUCGUCUCAUCCUCAGUUAGGCAGUCGUUAUGGGCGGCAGCGUUUGGCAUCUUGCUGCUAGCAGGAGCUCGAGCUGCUGUAGCGCAGACGGACGGCCACGUCAGCAUGGCCAAUAGUAACAAGCACUCCGUUACAGUCACUGCUACCACUACAGACAGUGGCGGUGGAAAGGAGCUGCUGGCGAGGGAGGUGGAGAGGAAAGGGGGCGUGUUGCAGAAAAGGGAGCAGGAGGAGAGGAGGGAAGUGAGGGAGGGGGCAGAAGGGCGGGAGGAGGAGAGAGGGGAGGGGGAGGAGGAGACUGGGGAGGAGGAGGAGGAGAGGGGGAAUGCCGAGGAGGACGCGAGAAUGGCGCGGGCGUACAGCCGGUGGCUGGAGAAGCCGGCGAGUCUCAGCGUGCCGCUGAGAGUGGUGGCGCUGCGAGGCACCGUGCCCAGCAUGUGGCGGAAGGACUUCCUCGUCUCCCAGUCGCCCCUCGCGAAGCUCGCCCUGGAUGUGCGCCCCUCACAUGCCGCCAUCGCCAACGACCUCCUCGCCCCCCUCGCCUCUCAACCACCCGCCUCCUCUCAACCCGCUGCCCCCACCCCCUCCGCCAAGCGCAAGAAGAAGCCCCCCCCGCCGCCCUCCCUGCGCUCCGCAGCUGCGGCUGACAUUGUCACUGUGGGGGAUAGGUGGAUCAAGGCGUUGAUAGCUCAGGGAGCCCUCUUGCCCCUGGAUGGCGUGGAGCGAUCUGAUUGGUUCAGGGCACUAGGGCCCACAUGGCUGAGGCUGCUGGACCGCACGCCAUCCGGCGACCUGGCGCUUCUCAGUCCGCUGCAAACUGCCAGCAGCAGCAGCAGCAGCAGUGGGGAGGGCGAGGAGGCGUUGCUGAGAGGCAAGGUGUAUGCGGUGCCGUACCGCAUGGGGUACCUGGCAGUGGCGUGGCGGGCAGAUAAGCUCAAGCAGCAAGGCAUCAAGCCCAUCCAGACGUGGAGUGACCUCUGGCAGCCAGCGCUGCGUGGACAGGUGGCAGUCAUUGAUUCGCCGAGAGAGCUGCUGGCAGUGACAAUGAGGUCGCUGGGAGCGCCCUUCAACCCCAGCAGCCCGCUAGACGCGCACGUGCCCGGAGGGAUGGCGGCGCUCAAGGGCAGGUGGCACGCUCUCAUGCGCCAGGUGCGCGUGUGCGACAGCAGCAACUACCUCAAGGCCUUCCAGGCAUCAGACGUGCUGGUGGUCGUGGGGUGGUCCUCUGACCUCCUGCCCUUCGCCCGCCGCAACUCCAACAUCACCGUUGCCGCCCCUGCAGACGGCACUCUUCUCUUUGCUGACCUAUGGGCCGUGCCUGCUACAGCCCGCUACAACAUUCCCAAGGCUGCCUGGCGCAACCGAGGGCCCUCCCCCCUCAUCGGGCAGUGGAUGAAGUUUUGCCUGCAGCCCGCCCGCGCAGUGCCCCUGCAGCGGGAAAUCUUCUCCGCCUUCUCCCCCACCCUCCUGCCCUCCUCUCACCCUCUGCUUGCAAUGGAUCCCGCUGACAAGGCGAGCACCAAGGCUCACAGUACCACCACUAGCACCACCACGAGCCCCAGCAGCACCACGGGCCCCAGCAGCACCACGAGCCCCAGCAGCACAAGCAGCAGCGAUGGCAGUGGGCUGCCGGCGCCAGCCAUCCUGGCAGUGAGUGAGUUCCUGGAGCCACUAGAUGGCAGGGCGCAGGAGGAGCUGAAUGUGGUGCUGCAGGGUGGGGAGAGGGGGGAGGGCGGGCAGGGGAAGCAAGGGCGAGUGAGACAGGCGCUGGAGGCUGUUGGAUCAGCCCUGGGUGUGGCGAGGAGACGAGAGUGAUGCAGGGAAGUGGUGCGUGGAGGUGCUUUUCAUUGUAAUAUGCGAAUUUUGUCAAUUC